UGCCCCAACUGUUCCUGCGCUACUGGUGGCUCCUGCACGUGUGCCAGCUCCUGCAAGUGCAAAGAGUGCAAAUGCACCUCUGGAAAGAAGAGCUGCUGUUCCUGUUGCCCCGUGGGCUGUGCCAGGUGUGACCAGGGCGGAGUCUGCAAAGGGGAGUCAGAGAAGUGCAGCUGCUGUGCCUGAUGAGGGGACAGUUCUGCUCCCAGAUGUAAGUAGACCAACCUGGACAAACCUGGAUUGAUUUUUUUUUUAAUACAACCUGGAACCAUU